GUGAUGACAGAUGCUCAUCCCUUUGUGUCUGUCCCUUGCAGCACCUGCGUUCCUCCACAGGCGGAAUCAUGAGUUCUCAGUCCAUGUUUCCGGCGGAGCUGUGCAGUAACGGACCAGCCCCCCACUUAUACAAGUGUAAAAAACAAAAGAAAAAGCUCUUCAUCAUGCUACUUAGGUGUAAUGAACUUGUUUUUAAGAACUGACCUAACAUCUUCAUGAUCUACUCUUCCACUUUAUUUAAGCCUCUGUUCCACUGUAAGAAGUGGGGCAAGAUGACAGGAGGAUGUCGUCUUAUAUUAUCCACAGUAAGAUUUCACUGUCUCCGUACACUGUCCUGCUCAUUUAAUACAUCAGUAGCCUGCCGGGCCCAAGCAUAUGCUCCAGUUUUUUACAAAGCCCCUGCCUAUGGUGACAGAACAGCAUUGGUUGACCAACAUGGACAUCACAGUUACCAGGAUUUAUACCUCAGAAGCAUUGCCCUGUCUAAAGCAAUAACCCGUCUUCUGGGUAACCCUAGAAACGAUGUUCCCCCAAAAAGAGUAUCCUUUAUUUGCCCUAAUGACGCAUCGUAUGUGGUGUGUCAGUGGGCAGCUUGGAUGAGCGGUGCCAUUGCAGUUCCCCUUUUUAGGAAUCACCCAUCUGUUGAGCUGGAAUACAUUUUAAAGGAUUCUCAGAGUGCACUGGUUGUUUCAGAAGCAAAAUACACCGAUUGCAUAACACCGUUGGCAGAGAAGUUGGGGAUUGCAAACAUUACCGUGCCUAGUUUUCCACAGCACAGCAUUACAGAACAAAUGAUACAUUCAGAAGACCAUCAUUUUGAUCUGGACUGGAAAGAAAGGGGGGCUAUGAUUAUUUAUACAAGCGGAACUACUGGACGACCAAAAGGUGUACUCAGCACCCACCAAAACCUAAAUGCUAUGGUAACUGCUCUGGUCGACGAAUGGUUAUGGACUAAAUCUGAUUGUAUUUUGCACGUUUUGCCGCUUCAUCAUGUUCAUGGAGUUGUCAACAAAUUGCUUUGUCCUUUAUGGGUAGGAGCUACGUGUGUCAUGCUUCCUGAAUUCUCUCCAAAAGAGGUAUGGGAGUACUUUCUAAGUAUGGAUUCACCCGCUAUCAAUGUCUUCAUGGCAGUACCCACCAUUUACAGUAAACUUAUUGAUUACUAUGAGAGUCACCUCACUAAACCAGGCGUUAAGGACUUUGUGAAGGCAAUGUGCAAGCAGAAGUUCAGAUUAAUGGUAUCUGGGUCGUCAGCUCUUCCUGUGCCAAUUUUGGAACGUUGGAGAGAGAUCACUGGUCAUAUUCUUCUAGAGAGAUACGGUAUGACAGAAAUUGGCAUGGCACUGACAAACCCACUCAAUGGACCACGUGUACCAGGGUCAGUGGGCAACCCAUUACCAGGAGUGCAUGUCCGUAUAGCCACUGAGAUUCCACAGAAGGAAGGAAGCUCCUAUACUGUCCUUGCUCAAGGAAAUGCUACUGGCACAGAGGUCUCCGAAGGUUUUGAGGACAGAGAAGGAGAACUGCAGGUAAAAGGCCCGGCUGUGUUCAAGGAAUACUGGAACAAACCACAGGAGACAAAAGAAGCUUUCACUCCAGAUGGCUGGUUCAGAACAGGUGACACUGCAGUGUACAAGGAUAACUGCUACUGGAUCCUUGGUCGAACUUCUGUGGACAUUAUUAAAAGUGGAGGUUACAAAAUCAGUGCCUUAGAAGUAGAGCGACACCUCUUGGCCCAUCCUAGCAUUACAGAUGUUGCAGUAAUCGGAGCUCCAGAUGCAACAUGGGGGCAGCGUGUAUCAGCCAUUGUAAAACUACGUGAAGGGCAUACACUCUCCUUGAGGGAACUAAAGGAAUGGGGAAGGGCAGUCAUGGCCUCAUACUGCAUUCCUGCCGAGCUCAUCCGGGUGGAAGACAUUCCCCGAAACCAGAUGGGAAAAAUCAAUAAAAAACAACUGUUGGCUCUCUUCUAUCCCCAGUGAAGUGAGGGGGAGCAGAAUAUACCUGCCUGAACACAAAGAGCACACCAUAUAUUUAUGGCUACAUUACACAGAGAGUACUAUAAACAAAAUAUACAGAUGUAGCAGAACUGAGCUUGCACUGUGAUAUAUAAAAAUAUAGGGUUAUCUAUUGUCCAAUGGAAAUAGCAUAGGCAAAUAACAGACUAUGCCCUACAUCAUCUGCACUACCUUUAGUUUUUGCUAUGUAACCCAGACAUUAAGCCAAGCCUUGGUUAACAAUCAUGGUAUACUAACAUUUGGCAGAUUUUCAUAGUAACAUAGCUUGUAAAGUUGAUGUCCAUUCGUCCAUCUAGUUCAUCCUAUUAAGCUGCAGUACUGAUGCAGAGGAAGACAAAAAAUCAAAUGAUAGAAGCCAAUUUUCUUCACAGUAGGGAAAAAACUCCUUCUUGACUCCAAAUCUCUAGUUAGAAUAAAUCUCUGGAUAAAUGACCUUUCUUCAGCCUAUUGUGAACUCUUUUAGUGACUACUUUCUCUGGCAAGAGUCUUCAAUUGUCUCACUACUCUUACAGUAAAUAAUCAAUUCCUGGUGAGCUGGUACCUAACGCACCAGGACGUACAUUUACGCCCAAUGCAUAACGGAGCGAUGCUCGCCUCAUGUGCGGCAGGUCCCGGCUGCUGAUAGCAGCCAGGGACCCGGCCGCAAUGGCGGACAUCCGCAAUCGCGCGGAUGUCUGCCAUUAACCCCUCAGAUGCUGUGAUCAAUACAGAUCACGGCAUCUGCAGCAUUGCAGACACUAAAAUGGAUGAUCGGAUCACCCGCAGCGCUGCCGCGGUGAUCCGUUCAUCCAGCAGGGCAGCCGGAGGUCCCCUCACCUGCCUCCGCUGCCUUCCACUGGUCUUCUGAUCGCAGACCAGAGCAGAAGAUGACCGAUAAUACCGAUCAGUGCUAUUUCCUAUGCAUAGCACUGAACAGUAUUAGCAAUCGAAUGAUUGCUAUAAAUAGUCCCCUAUGUGAAAACCCCCCUCCUCCAAUAAAAACGUAAAUUGUCCCAUUUUCCCUAUUUCAACCCCAAAAAGUGUAAAAAAAAAUAUUUAUAUACAUAUUUGGUAUCGCCGCGUGCGCAAAUAUCCCAACUAUUAAAAUAAAAUAUUAAUGAUACCGUACGGUGAACGUAAAAAAAAAGUCCAAAAUAGCUACUUUUUUAUAACAUUUUAUUCCAAAAAAAUGUAUUAAAAAAAAAGUAUUAAAAGUUUUAUAUAAACAAAUAUGGUAUCAAUAAAAGGUACAGAUCACAGCGUAAAAAAUUUGCCCUCAUAUCGCCGCUUAUACGGAAAAAUGAAAAAGUUAUAGGUCUUCAAAAUAGGGGGAUUUUAAACGUACUAAUUUGGUUAAAGAGUUUGUGAUUUUUUUUUAAGCGCAACAGUAAUAGAAAAGUAUGUUAUCAUGGAUAUCAUUUUAAUCAUAUUGACCCAAAGAAUAACGAACACAUGUUAUUUUUAUCGUAAAUUGUACAGUGUGAAAACAAAACCUUCCAAAAUUUGCAAAAUUGCGGAUUUCUUUUUAAUUUCCCCACACAAAUAGUAUUUUUUUGGUUGCGCCAUACAUUUUAUGGUAAAGUAAGUGAUGGCAUUACAACGGACAACUGGUCGCGCAAAAAAACAACCCCUCAUACUAGUCUGUGGAUGAAAAUAUAAGAGUUAUGAUUUUUUUGAAGGCGAAUAGGAAAAAACGAAAAUGUAAAAAUUAAAUUGUCUGAGUCCUUAAGGCCCAAAUGGGCUGAGUCCUUAAGGAGUUAAGGACCCAAUGAGAUUGGAAACUCGAGGGGUUAUGAGUAUGCAUUGUUAUUGUUGAAUAGCUGCAUUUGUAGCUUUAUGGAAUUGUUAUAUUUAGAAGCUUUACAGUAAAGGAAUUUGAGAGUGAACUGACAGUUUGUUUGAACCCAUGAGAGAGAGCUCUGUAUUGAUCCUUCAUAUGAUUAUACAUAGCUAUUAGGUUACAGUACAUUCUAGGUACUGUGGUUCACCCAUUCCAUUUAUAUCUCUGCACAUGCAAAAAGAGACAAGGACCGGCACUACAGGGCUAAGUGGCAGACACAGCGUGGACAAAUGGACACAAAGCUGACACAGACGAGCCUACAGCGGAGGUGCUCCGUCCAAAACUUGAAGCCACAUGGAACAAAAGAAGCGAGACAGGAGACGGCACUCACUGCGUUCAGUAGGUUUAUUCCAUAACGGAGAG